AUGGACAGCAAGACGGUGUCUUCCCGCCUGCGAGAGCUGGUCAAGUUUCUCGGAACAGUCAAGGGCGAUCUCGCCAACGUCACCGGACCUCCCUCCCUCCUCGCUCCCUCGUCCGUCGUUGAAGUCGGCCACUGCUGGGCCCAGCGUCCUGCCGUCUUUGCCGCCCCUGCCCACGAGCCCCUCCCCGAGAAACGCUCCCUGCUCGUCCUCAAAUGGUUCCUCGUUGCUCUCAAGAGUCAACUCUACGUCGCCGGUUCCCCUGGCCCGCAAGCCGUCUCGAUCAAGAAGCCCCUGAACGCCUUUCUCGGAGAGCUAUUCCUCGCAUCGUGGACCGACGAGGAAAACAAGGCAUGCACCGAGCUCAUCGCCGAGCAGGUAUCUCACCAUCCCCCCAUUACGGCGAUGCACGUCAUCGACCGUCAAAACGGUGUCAGGGCCGACGGGUACGCUAGGGUGGAGAUGACAUUCAACGGAAACGUGAACAUCAGACAGGUUGGGCAUGCAAUGGUGCACAUUGAUCGAUAUGACGAGGAUCAUUUAGUGCCGCUGCCAGAUGUGAAGAUCAGAGGAUUCUUGGGCGGGUGCAUGUACCCAGAGAUCACUGGGACGUAUACCCUGCACUCGAGUGGCGGGUACGUGUCUCAGGUCAAGUUCUCUGGAGAGGGGAUGAUCAGGGGAAAGAGGAACUCCUUUGAGGCAAAGGUGUACAAGAAGGAUGAUACCAAACAGAGGGCCAUUUACACUCUCUCGGGAGUCUGGAGCGACGGGUGGGUGGUCAAGGAUGCGCAAACUGGGGAGGUCCUGGAGAUGUUCAAGCAUGACGCGGUGGAGAAUGAGCCGGUGCCCAUGGAUAUCGUUCCGGUGGAGCAGCAAGAUGACUGGGAGAGCCGUAAGGCGUGGGGCAAGGUGCUGAAUGGGAUGGCCAUGGGUAAUCUCGAGGCUGUCACGCGGGAGAAGACCAAGAUCGAAAAAGCGCAGAGACUGAUGAGGGCUUUUGAGGAGUCAAGGGGCGAGACAUGGGAGCCGCUGCUCUUCCAGUCCAUUUCAGCGGGUGAUUUUGAGGUAUUCCAUCGCUUGGCAGAUGGUACGGGUCAUCAGUUGGCUGAUGAGAGAACCAAAGGGGUGUGGAGAGUGAAGGAUACGCAAGUCAAGAACCUCCAGAGGCCCUUUAGAGCUGGUCUCACGCCGCUGGGGUAUUAA